AUGUUACUCACUCUGAUUGCGCUUUACACGGGCGUGUUUCUCAGCGCGCUGGACGCCACCAUUGUCACCUCCAUCUAUGCGACGAUUGCUUCUGAUCUGAACGAGCUGUCGCGAAUUUCGUGGAUCGCCACGGGCUACCUGGUUUCGUGCGCGGCGUUCCAGCCGCUGUAUGGCCGUCUGAGCGACAUUUUCGGCCGAAAGGCCAUGUUGCUGGUGUCGUCGGCCUGUUUUGGUGUCGGCUGCACCCUGUGCGGUCUGUCGUACUCGCUCAUGCCGCUGAUUGUGGGCCGAGUGAUUGCCGGAAUCGGCGGCGGUGGGCUUCUGACCGUCAGCACCAUUGCCGUUUCCGAUCUGAUUCCGCUGCGACAACGAGGAAUCUACCAGGGCGUUGGAAACAUUGCCUACGGUUCGGGCGCGGCGAUCGGAGGAGCUCUGGGAGGCGUGCUGUCGCAGUGGAUUGGUUGGAGAGGCGUGUUUCUCAUCCAGGUGCCCUUUAUUGUCUGCUCGGGCACGCUGGUGGUAUUUGGAAUGACCAACAGCAAUACCAAGAACCAGAAGCUCGACGAUCCCGAGUCCGCCGACGAAAACGCCGACGAAAACACCCCCGUUUCGCCCCUCACCACGUCGCCGGCGGACUCGGACGUGGCCAAUCCUCUGUCCGGAGCCAACUCGUCGGUUCUCUACGGAUCCGUGGAGUCUGAAAAUCUCCCACAUGCCAAAAGCACCGAUUCUGACCCCACCGGCGAAACUACCUGGCAAAAGGUCAAGAACAUCGACUUUGCCGGCUCGGCUCUGCUGGUCACGUCGCUGUCGCUACUGCUGUUUGCCAUUUCGUCCGCCACCAAGUCCGCCUGGACCGAACCCAUCAUCUACACCCCGCUGAUCAUCUCUGUGAUUGCCGGCGUGGUCUUCUGGAACUACGAGCUCAAGUGUGCCAACCCCGUGAUUCCCGUGAGUCUUCUCUAUCGACAAACCAUCUUUGCGUCGUCGCUCACCAACCUCUUUAUGACCAUGGGAAUCUUUGCCAUGCUCUACAACGUGCCUCUGUGGUACAAGUCUGUGCUGGGCGAUUCCGACGCCAAAGCGGGCGCCCGGCUGGUGGGCAACUUCAUCGGAGUCUCGUUUGGAUCCAUGUCGUCCGGAAUCUACAUGCGAAAGACCGGAAAGUACUACAAUCUGGGAAUCGCCGCGGGAGUUCUCACCACCAUGGGAGUCUUUGCGCUGAUUCCUCUGUCGGCAGAAACCCCGGCCUGGCUACAAUACACCAUGCUGUUUGUUCCCGGAGCCGGCUAUGCCGCCAUGCUCACCGUUUCGCUGCUGGCGCUAAUUUCCGCGGUCUCGAACCAGGAACAGGCCACCGCAACCUCCAUUCAAUAUGCCUUCCGAGGCGUGGGAUCCACUCUGGGUGUGUCGCUGUCCUCCACCAUCUUCCAGGCGGUCAUUUCCAAGUGGUUGCCGGUCAAAAUGUACGCCGUGGUGGACAAGCCGACCCCCAAGGAGGUGCGACUGAUCGAGCUGACCAUUGCCGCCGUCAAGGAGUCGGUGACCGCCAUCCGAGAGGCCCCCGCAAAGUUCCAGCCCGCCAUCAUCGCCUCCUACGACCUGGCCAUCAAAGACGUGUUUUUCUACGCCACCGCAAUGUGCGCCAUCAGCACCAUUUGUUUGUAUUUUGUCAAGGAGCAUGAGUUGAGACAAUAG